AUGCGCCGGCGCCUGGAGAAAUGGUCACAGGGCUGGGUCACACCGUCUGGGCGCAACCAGCCGCGGCAGAGGCCUGCGGGAAGCCUGGCUGGAAGCAAGAGCAGCAUCUCUUCGACCUCAGAUGCAGGCACAGAAAGCGUGGAGCGCUCGGCCUCUUCACCAGCUGCUCCGGCACAGGACAAGGAGGCCGAUGGCUUCUUUAUGACAGCCCCACCGCGGAUGGAGGCCCCACCCGUGAAUGUCGAGGAAAUGGCAGUUCUGGCAGACAAUGUCCUGUGCUGCUGCCACCCACGCCAUGGCAGCCUCACCCAGGAAGCUGCCGCCCCCGACUUUGUUCGUUGCAAGCUCCGGCUGUCAGAAGAGGUCCUUCACCUUCAAGCCGCCGAAGAUGCUGCGCUCGUCAUCCUGCUGAACAAGGUCACCGACGUGUCGGUUCUCACCGGCCCUCGAAUCUCCGAGCAGAUGAAGGAUGCUGGUUCCGAGGUGCUGCUGCUCUGCCUGUCAUCCCCGGUAUCUCGGAGCUCGCCUGGCUCAGCUGAGAGCUUGAAAGACGAGAUUCCGUCCUCCUGGGAAGUGCCGCCGAUUCCUUUCGGCAAGCUUCCCCUCAGUCGGCCGGGCCUCCCUGCCCGCUGGCAAGUCCCAGCCAAGAUCCCUGCGGGGAGGUGGCUCCAGGGGCAACCGUUGGGUGACUUCGAUCGCUCGAAUGCUCAGCUGCACCAGCAUCUUUCCGUUGGAAUGCUGCCGCUUCAUGCGUCGGUGGGCCGUUUGCCGCCACAGUCGCCAGCAUCUCGACAGCUCCCGGAAGACAGGCGUUUGCACGAGACAGCAGAGUGGGUUCGACAACGGCUGCAGUGCCUGCCAUCGUCGUGCCACACCGCCGUGGUAGUGUGGGUCGGGGACUCUGAGAACAUGGCGCGCAGCAGCGGGCGCGGCUGUCGACUUCGCAACGAGGGAAUUCCGGCCAUUGUGGGCUUCGCUGAUGCUGCAGAUGCGGCGAAGGCUCAUCAGGAGAUCUUGCUGUGCCGUGCAAAGAGGCUUGGCUUCUGA